AUGGAUAAACUGCCUGAUGAGAUUCUACUGAGGAUAUUUUCCUUCCUCCAUUUCACACAACGUAUUAUUUUGCGACCAGUUUCUCGAAGGUGGAGUUAUCUUCUCUACGACCAGUCCCUGCUAGAAAAUGUUUCAAUAACCAAAUUGCGCUGUGAAGAUUGCCAAUUGUUCGCCCUGUUUACCGCUUCAAAGAGGCUUAUCGCAGUUGACCUCUUUAACAGUCGUUGGUUGGAUGGUUCAUGUAUAUUGCAUGCAGGACUGAGCAGGUUGAAGCACCUCACCUUGUCAGGAACCGGUAUUACAGACCAAAUUUUAUCGAAGAUCCUCAAGGCUCAAAGUGAGCUAUUAGACCUUCAUCUGGCGCAAACGCGCAUAAGCGAGAAGUGUCUGCCCGACAUAAUUGGCUUGAAGAAACUGCAGUAUAUCACUGUUCCCCCAGAAGAUGUCUUUGGAUUUGGCAGGAGUGGCGUGUUAGCAAUAGCAAAAAGCUCUCCAUCCCUGAGGACAUUGGAUUGCCAAGAAGGCUACCUUUUUAACCAAGAGGAAAUAUCGCAGAUUAUCCACUGCAAUUGCUAA